AUGAGCGGGAGAGUCUAUUGUGAAGGGCCUGUUUUCUCCUCUGGACAUGACUUAAAAGAACUGACUCAUGAGAAGGGCGAGAAGUACCACAUGGAAGUCUUUAAGACAUGCUCUGAAAUCAUGGUUUUACUUCCAAAACUGCCGGUGCCUGUAAUUGCGAAGGUGAACGGUCUGGCCACCGCGGCGGGCUGCCAGCUUGUGGCCAGCUGUGAUCUUGCUGUGGCCAGCGAGAAGUCCACGUUUGCCACCCCGGGAGUAAACGUCGGUCUGUUUUGCUCGACUCCUGGAGUGGCUGUGGGUCGAUCUCUCCCUAGGAAGGUUGCCCUGCGGAUGUUGCUCACAGGUGAACCCAUGACCGCUCAGGAAGCGCUUCUUCACGGGCUCGUCAGCCAAGUGGUCCCAGAGGAGAAAUUAGAAGAGGAGACCCUGAGAAUUGCCUGCAAGAUAUGCGAGAGCAGCAGGUCUGUUUUGGCACUGGGGAAAGCCGCCUUUUACAAACAGAUGGAGCAAGAUCUUAGCGCGGCCUACGGAACCACCUCGCGGGUCAUGGUGGACAACCUGGCCAUGAAGGAUGGGCAAGAAGGGAUCGAGGCCUUCAUCUCCAAACGCAAGCCUGCCUGGUCAUCUUCCUAAAACAAAGUUUUCCAAAUAGAGUGGGUUUUUUUAGAGCCAAAUCAAGUGAUAAGAAGGCACUCGAGGUGCGCCAGCCUGCGGAACUAUCGUAGGGACGAAGUGCUUCCCGACCCUGGGUUCCCAUUUGUUCUUGGACUACAAUUCCCAGUAAAUCCUGGCCAGCACAGCGAGGGGGUGAAGACUUCUGAGAGUUUUAGUCGAAGAACAUCUGGGGACACAAGAUUGGGAACCACUGGACUAGAACCUUGUUUCAAGUAAUCUGCCUUUCGUAAAGCUCACCCUGCUUUAAAAGGAUGCUGGCAGCUUGCUGAUUUCCUUUUUAUUUUUGAAUUU